UGUGCAUGCACACGAAAGCUCAUACCAAAAUAAAAACUUAGUUGGUCUUUAAGGUGCUACUGAAGGAAUUUUUUUUUAUUUUACUUCGAUCCAGACCAACACGGCUACCUACCUGUUUACCUUCCUAUUGUGAGAUCUAGGAUGCAUCCCUGGGAAGCGCUGUGAGGCAGGUUCUUGUCUGCUUUGUAUGCAUUUGGAGAUUAGCAAGCCUUAUUGUGUUCUCUGCUUCUAUGAAGUCCCUGUAUGGUUCACAUAUCACCGGUCAAAAAUACUUGGCCUGCUAGACUGUUUUGCAAUAAAUAUUUGCUGAUCAGAAGAGAAACAAUAAUUAAAAUUGGGGGAAUUUUGGAAACUUUAGAAGACUCCAGAGCACAGCUUAAUGCAGUAUAAUGACAGAUCUCUGGAAGACCCGCAUUUCCAGAGCAUUUGCAGUGAACUCUGUUGGAAGUGUAACUCUUGGGCACUUGGUGCCUGUGCUACUGUGAUGAUGGCUUGCAAGUGUUUGUUUUCUGCUUUCUGACCUUGCAUUCCUUGUCUGAUUCAUAAAUACCUGCAGAUAUUGCAUAUAGUCAGUAGAUGAUGUUUGACUAUGUGAUUUGCUUGAGAGGAGAGAGAGGGCAUAAUUUAAUAGGAGAGAGUUGCAGGACAGAGCGUCCCUCCUCCUAAAUUAGUGGUGGUUGUGGUGAGAUACACGUGUCAUUCCCGUGAUCAAGGGACCCUCACUCCUACCUUUGUUAACGUUAGAUAAUUUAUAGCAAUUUUAAAAAGCAGGCGGUCAGUUUCACAACUGUGUUCCCUAUGGAAUAUUUGACUGCUAGGUAAAGGUAAAGGGACCCCUGACCAUUAGGUCCAGUCGCGGACAACUCUGGGGUUGCGGCGCUCAUCUUGCUUUACUGGCCAAGGGAGCCAGCGUACAGCUUCCGGGUCAUGUGGCCAGCAUGACUAAGCCGCUUCUGGCGAACCAGAGCAGCACACGGAAACACUGUUUACCUUCCCGCCGAAGCAGUACCUAUUUAUCUACUUGCACUUUGACGUGGGACAAAGCAACGGGAGCUCACCCCGCCGUGGGGAUUCGAACCACCAACCUUCUGAUCGGUAAGCCCUAGGCUCUGUGGUUUAGACCACAGUGCCACCCACUACCAGGGUUUGACUGAACACCACCAGUUUGACUGACCAGAAUAAGUCCCUGCUACCAGGGCAGAGAAGAAGUGAUGUCUUUGGACAAGAGAGAGAUUACUGAGUAUUGAAGGAUAAGAAUACAUUCUGUAGUCCACAUUCUACUCUUGAUGGCAAGGGAAAGGCGAUCUUCCUUACUAACUGUGUUGAAUUUUUUCAAGUUGUAGGGCAGGAGCAAAGGAGGACAUAAACAUUUAAAUUGAAUUCCUUUAAUUGCUUUUUACUAGGAGAAGGAUGUUUCUUAGUGUAUUGACCAGUACAGCUCUUAGAGAGACUUUGCUUCCCUGGGAAACCAAGGAAGGUAUGAUGUCAUUGACUUUAAGUGGAAACCAAGUAAACCUUGCAUUUGCUCUUUAUUAAUGAUAGGUUUUCCCCUUCUUGCUCAGUUGAGAUAUAUAGACAUCUGAAACUUAAGACUGUCAACUCACAAAGACAGAUGUAGUUGAGACAAAUGUUAGUGGGGCCUCCUAGGACAAACAGCUGAUGCUUUCCUGACCACUCCUUUAUGGCAUUCCUCCUACCACUGUAGCAACAGGAAGGAAUAAUGUAAUAAGCAGCCAUGUUCAUCUCUGUGUGGGAGGAAGGCUCUUAAAAUAACAGUAAGUGGGCCCUUUCCACUAUCUUGGUAUCAACUUUGAUUGUUUCUUCCACGACUUGUGAAGGAAGGCUGGUUGAGUGCUUAAUAUUCCGCCUUACUGAGAAGUACGGUAGGCCACAAUUUCAAGUCCAGGUCUGUGUUCCUUGACCUGUAGGAAGGCCAGGAGAAGCCUAAGUGUUUAACAGAUGUUGAGAACCACGAUGGUUAAGUUAAAUCAAGACUGCUCUAAGUAACUUUCCCAUUUUGCAAUUUAUAUAUUUCCCAGUCAAGCAUGUAUAUUAAUAAGCUGCCAUAACAAAUAGUAUAUGUUGCUUUACAAUUAAGCCUUUAUACAGUCUAGUUGUAUACUUGUUUGUGCAGAACACUUGUCUGUAAGCAGACAUGAUUAUGCUUUACAGAAAGACAAGACAGAUUCCUAUCUGGGCCUCUGUUCACAUGCAAGGAUACUAAGCAAGGUCAUUUAUUUGCAGACUAAAGCUACAAUCAUGUGGAUUCUAGCUUUAUUUGAAAUAGUACCUUUGUUUCUUCCUGCUGGGUUCAAUGUUUUGUCUUUUCAUUGAUUUUUGUUUGUUUGUUUCAUUUGAAAUUGAUUCCAGUGUGUGUGCAAAGCAGCACUUCUAAGUUCCUGCGAGUCAUCACCACCAUUUUGUUUUGGGAAAAUGAAAUAGUAGUGAUGUCUGCAUUGACCGGCAUGGGGGAAAGAGAGGUUGCACCCCUGGAAGGUUUUGGGUGGGGAAAACCCACUCCUUCCAAGAGGGUUCUUGCCAGGGGGUUGAUCAGAAAACUUGCAUUUAUAGAAAGCCCUUGACCAUAGACAUUGGUAUUAGGGCAGGGUGAUGUAUUACCCACAAUCAGUUUGAAUUCCACAUCAUGGUAAAGGUUUCAUAAUAUGAACAUGGAAAUAUAUUGCAAAUUACGAUGUGUGCAUGCGCUAUGGGAAAAUUUUUGAUGUGGGAAACACCAUGAAGCCAGUCAUCACUUCUCUCAUGAUUCCUGCCUCCCCUGUUGCUCUGUGCAAUAUAAAAUAAUAGUUGUAACAAUAUGUUAAAGGUAAGAAAAAUACAUCAGUUUUAGACCCCUAAAUAGUAGUGGUUGUCAGGACAUUACCCCGUUCGCCUCUACAUAGUUCCAUCCAUAUUUCAGACAUUGUGAUAUAUUGGCAUAUCACGAUGUUUAGUGGAUUGAAAACGAGACAUUGCUCAACCCUAAUCAGUUUCUUUUCCUGAGUGCUUUCUUUUACAUUGUUUGGAGCAGACAUUCUAUUUUUAUAGGGUAACAAUUCACUCUAAACACAACUUCAGCUAAUGCUAUUCUAGGUUGCAUCAACAGAAAUAAGGUGUCCCAGGGGAGCUCUAUUGUGCCUUGGUCAGGCCACAUCUGGAGUAAUGUGUCCAGUUCUGGGCCCCACAAUUUAAGGAUAUUGACAGGUUGGAACAUGUGCAGAAGAGGGCAACCAAGAUGAUAAAGGGUCUGGAAACCAAGCCUUAUGAAUAAUGGUUGAGGAAAUUGGGUAUGUUUUCCCUGGAAAAGAGGAGACUGAGAGGGAGAUAUGAUAGCCAUCUUCAAAUAUCUAAAUAGCUGUCACAUAGAGCAGGGGUGGCCAACUCCCAAGAGACUUAGAUCUACUUACAGAGUUAAAAACUGGCAGUGUUCUACCCCCUUUGUGGGGGUUCAGGUCAAAGCUGUUCAGCUUUUUUAGGGAGGGGGAAGCCCCAUUUUUUGGGGGUGCAGGGCAAAAAAUGAGGUUUUUUUAGGGGAGCCAAAGUUAUUGAGCUUUUUUAGGGGAGCCAAAGUUGUUGGGGAGCCAGUGAUCUACCACAGACUUCCAGUGAUCUACUGGUAGAUCUCGAUCUACCUGUUGGACGUGCCUGACAUAGAGGAUAGAGCAAGCUUGUUUUCCCCUGCUCUGGGGACUAGAACCCAAACUAAUGGCUUAAAAUUACAAGAAAGGGAGUCUGACUAGAACUUUCUGACUGUCGGAUCUGUUUGACAGUAGUACAUGCUCCCACGAGAGGUGGUGGAUACUCCUCCCUUGGAGAUUUUAAGCAGAGGUUGGAUGGCCAUCUGUUAUGUAUGAUCUAGUUGAGAUUCCUGCAUUGCAAGGGGUUGGAGUAGAUGGCCCUCAGAGUCCCUCCAACUUUACAAAUCUUUGGUUUGAUUCUUAAAUUGCUUUCUGAUUUUUCAUAGGAAGUCACUCAUGAAGGAAAGAAAUCAAUAAAUUCUAAUGUUGAAGAACUGCCAUGCUUCCUAGUCACGAAAGUGGAUUAGAAUUCUCACCACCCCUAAGCAUACUCUGAAAUGGGGCGAAAUAUAUGUGAUUCCAGAGUUGGCAGACUUGCCAGUUCCUAGAUUGCCUCCCUUCCCCAUAUGACUAGCUAUGAAAAAUAUGUUUUUCCUGAAUCCUUGUGACUUCAUUGUGUGCAUUGCUGCCCCACCUCUGUUAUGAGUCAAAGCAGUUGUGCAUGAAUGCCAUCUUUAUUACCAGAGUAGAUUGUCAGAAAUGAAUAAUGGUGUGUGUGGGUGUGGGUGUGGGUGUGGGUGUUUCCAAUAUUCUCCUGUUUUGCAAUCUGUGAGGUUUUCUGUUACCUUGGACAUGUGGCAGCUGCUACCGGUAGUAUCAUGCUUGUGAAUAGAGUCCCUUGUCCUACCUUGGCUGAGAAGCAACCCUGUACCCAAGCAGAGUGUGUAUCUGUAUUUAUUGAUCUGAGACACAGCUACCUUAACCUCAUUGCAAUUCCCCACCCCAGAAGUGUUUAUUGCUGGUUGUGAACAUCUGGUGAGUCUAGCUAACCUCAGGCUAAAUUCUCAAUGCUUUUAUUAUCAUUGUUCCUACAGAUGCUUUAAAAAAGAAUUAUUCACAUUUAAAGUUUCUUGGGCACAAGGGAGAUUUGCAAAUGUUUAUGUGGAGGUUGCCUUAAAGUGCUUCUCAGAAGUGUUAAUCUUAAAAAACAGAAUAAUUUAAGCCCUCAGUACUUAUGGAGACGAUGUACAUUGUGCACACCAGCUGAUGAGUGGAUGGGUGUAGUUUAGGGGAAAUUACCUGUAAGGCCAAAGUGAACCCCUGGCAGGUCAAGAUUGGCCCGUAAGUCAGAGAUUCCCCAUCUUUAAUUAGGCGUGAUGUGAAUAAACCUAGGUCAGUCUCAGGUUUGUAUGUUUCUCACAGAAGGAAUAGUUUGGAAGCUUCCACUUAACCAUAGUUUGUUCUGUUGUCUAAAGUGGGCUUAUUUUGAACAAAACAUACUUAAUGCUAGUGAUAGCCACAGUUUAUGAGUUCAAGUAAUGUAGAAACUGGGACAUGGGUGGCACUGUGGUCUAAACUACAGAGCCUAGGGCUUGCCGAUCAGAAGGUCGGCGGUUCAAAUCCCCACGGCGGGGUGAGCUCCCAUUGCUUGGUCCCUGCUCCUGCCAAGCUAGCAGUUCGAAAGCACGUCAAAGUGCAAGUAGAUAAAUAGGUACCGCUCCGGCGGGAAGGUAAAGAGCAUUUCCGUGUGCUGCUCUGCUUCGCCAGAAGCGGCUUAGUCAUGUUGGCCACAUGACCCGGAAGCGGUAUGCCGGCUCCCUUGACCAGUAAAGCAAGAUGAGUGCCGCAACCCCAGAGUCGUCCGCGACUGGACUUAAUGGUCAGGGGUCCCUUUACCCUUAAUGUAGAAACUGCAUCAGAGGAGGACAGGGUUGUGUUGAUCCCCAGACUCGUUUAUGCUUGUGCCACAAAACCAUGGUUUUAUCUUUCCUUGAGAAACCUUUCUGUCUUCUGAAUAUUGUUAUAAAGAAUGGACAUCAUAGAAUCAUAGAGUUGGAAGGGAUCCCAAGAGUCGUCUAGUCCAACCCCCUGCAAUAACUUAGUUAUGCUCAGUUUCACAUAAAGGAGUGUGGUUUCCAUUUGUGACUGGGGAGUUUUCAUGUUGUGGUAGGGGGGGGGGAGCUCAUGUGCACAGCCACUAACUCUUCAUGAUUCACCCUGACAGUGGCAGGUGCUUUUACAGCACACACAUUUUUCCCUUCAGCUCCAAGUUACAGAAGAGGCUUUCUUCCUGCUGCUGUCAGCUGUUCAGUUCUAACCCCUGCUGUCUGAGUGUCUUCAGCAGCUUACCACUGUGAUUUUGCACAUCAUCCAUUUUGCAUGGGCAAGAGUCAAUGUCCAGUCUUGUCAUCACUUAACAUAAUAUUUUUUUUAAAAUACAGAGAUGUAAUUAAGAAAAAACAAAUCUGCUUGGGUCAUCUUGGAUGGAGGUAGUUGAACCUCAGAAAUGCAUCCUUUCCAGACCUCUUGGCUAAUAAAAGUAACUCUGACUCUUUUGCUGACGUUGAUAUAAUUAAUGCAUUAACUUUUUUCUUUUGAGCUUGAAGAAGAGCCAGCAAGUAGAGGAGAAAGUGAGUUUGGUGUGCAGGUGGAAAAUAAUUCCCUUUUGCAAUGAAUGAUUAUUCAUUUGCCUAUUCUGCUAGUUGAAUGAGACACUUCCAUACACCACCAGAUUUAAGGGGUGCUUAACCACCCCCUGUUGACUGACAAUCCCAUUAUCAAUCAAAUGAGAUUCUUUGCAUCCAUUGUGAAAGCCAAGCAGAUGGGAUAGCUGGAGCCAGGAGUUUGUCCUUUGCAAAAGACAAAAAAUAUCACCUGGUUGCUUGCUUGGACUCAUCACAGUCAGUAAAUAAACUUUUUUGCAACAGAAUUGAUCUAGGAAUAUAACUUGAGACUAAAUCUUGGCUCUUCAAGGAUAGUUGUCAAGCAUGCUGACGUAGUUGUUCACGUGUUGGAAAAAGUCUGCGUGUGUUAAUAUGCAUUGCUCAACUAUGCUGUGGAAAACAUUCCUUCCCAUCAAGCAAUCUUAACUGUCAUCCAAGAAUGAAUAAGCUUUCAUUGUUACAGCCUGUCGGUUCCAGGAACGUUUCAAUUUGCGGUUUGUUCCCUGCCUUCUAAUUGUUGGAAAGCAUCACAUUUCUUAAAGCUUCCAGUUGCUGAAAAGAGGAAUGCUUUGCUCACUUGCGUUGCCUCCCACGGCAACAGUCCUGCUUUCUCCUGUUGGCCCUUAUCCUCUUUAGUAGGAGUCACAUGUAGCUUGCCAUGUCCCAGGGAAAAGCAUUCUGAUUUGUGCUAGGCAGUUGUGUGUUGGCUUUCGGUAAGAAGCAACAUGAUCCUGGGGACAGUUCUUCUUCACUCAAGCAGUUUUGGCAAAGAGAAUGCUGAGCAACUGUGUUCCUUUUCUGAGGAGGCUUCUAAACCAACUUUAUCUGAUUUGAGAGAGGCUCUGCACCGCCCCUAUGGUUGUGACACAGAACCCCAGGCACUGAAUGAAGCCAUCAGGUGGAGCUCCAAAGAGAACCUCUUAGGAACCACUGAGAGCGACCCCAAUCUUUUUGUUGCACUUUAUGAUUUUGUAGCGAGUGGUGACAACACACUGAGCAUCACCAAAGGUGAGAAGCUACGCGUACUUGGCUACAACCAGAACGGUGAAUGGAGUGAAGUACGCUCCAAGAAUGGUCAAGGGUGGGUUCCAAGUAACUACAUCACCCCAGUGAACAGCCUGGAGAAGCAUUCCUGGUAUCAUGGGCCAGUUUCACGCAGUGCAGCUGAGUAUCUGCUGAGCAGCCUCAUUAAUGGCAGCUUCCUAGUUCGGGAAAGUGAGAGCAGCCCAGGGCAACUGUCCAUCUCACUCAGGUACGAGGGCCGUGUUUACCACUACAGGAUCAAUACCACCGUGGAUGGCAAGGUGUAUGUGACAGCCGAGAGCCGUUUCAAUACUCUGGCGGAGCUAGUUCACCAUCACUCGACAGUAGCUGAUGGCUUGGUGACAACCUUGCACUACCCAGCACCAAAGUGCAAUAAGCCCACAGUCUAUGGAGUCUCUCCCAUCCAUGAUAAGUGGGAGAUGGAACGGACUGAUAUCACUAUGAAGCACAAACUUGGUGGAGGACAGUAUGGAGAAGUGUAUGUUGGGGUAUGGAAGAAAUACAAUCUCACAGUUGCUGUGAAAACACUCAAGGAAGAUACAAUGGAAGUGGAAGAAUUCUUGAAAGAAGCUUCUGUUAUGAAGGAAAUCAAGCAUCCAAAUUUGGUGCAGUUAUUAGGUGUGUGUACUCUGGAACCCCCGUUUUAUAUAGUGACAGAAUACAUGCCGUAUGGGAACUUGCUGGAUUACUUGCGGGAGUGCAAUCGAGAGGAAGUGACUGCUGUUGUCCUGCUGUAUAUGGCUACCCAGAUAUCCUCUGCCAUGGAAUACCUGGAGAAGAAAAACUUUAUCCACAGGGAUUUAGCAGCUCGCAAUUGUCUGGUUGGAGAAAACCACGUGGUGAAAGUGGCUGACUUUGGAUUAAGCAGAUUGAUGACCGGAGACACUUACACAGCUCAUGCUGGAGCAAAGUUUCCUAUCAAAUGGACAGCCCCCGAGAGCCUGGCCUACAACACAUUCUCAAUCAAAUCAGAUGUUUGGGCCUUUGGAGUCUUGUUGUGGGAGAUUGCCACCUAUGGAAUGUCCCCUUACCCUGGCAUUGACCUCUCUCAGGUUUAUGAUCUACUGGAGAAAGGCUACCGAAUGGAACAACCUGAAGGUUGCCCCCCAAAAGUCUAUGAACUCAUGAGAGCAUGCUGGAAAUGGAAUCCCCUAGAAAGGCCUUCAUUUGCCGAGACUCAUCAAGCCUUUGAAACUAUGUUCCAUGAUUCUAGCAUCAAUGAAGAAGUGGCAGAAGAGCUUGGAAGGACAGCAUCUUCUUCAUCCAUAGUUCCAUAUUUGCCUCGUUUGCCCAUGCUUCCUUCCAAGACCAGGACCUUGAAAAAACAGGCUGAAAACAAAGAGAACAUCGAAGGAGUUCAGGAGGUUGUAGAGCAUUCUGCUUCCAGCUCUGCACCAGGUAUGCUUGGUUUUAUCAGAAGCACACAGCAGACCAGCGGAUCCCCAGCACUACCUCGCAAGCAGAGAGACAAGUCACCCAGCGGCCUGUUGGAAGACACCAGAGAGACAACCUUCACCCGAGACAGGAAGGGGGGCUUCUUUAGCUCUUUCAUGAAGAAGAAAAAUGCCCCUACGCCUCCAAAGCGCAGCAGCUCUUUCCGCGAGAUGGAGAACCAGCCUCACAAGAAGUACGAGCUGACGGGUAACCUUUCAGCGGUUGGCCCUCUGCAACACAUUGAUGGGUUUUCUUUUACCCCCUCCCAGCAGGAUGGAAACCUUUGCUCAUCUAAGUGCUAUGUUGGGGGCUUCACACAGCGGAACUUCUAUGGGGAUGACGGUGGCAGUGGCAGCAUGAGCAGCGGUGGGGGCACAAGCACCGGCAGCGGGUGGUCAGGCAUCACAGGCUUCUUCACGCCACGGCUGAUUAAAAAGACCCUGGGUUUAAGAGCUGGGAGGCCCACCGGUGGGGAGGAAGCGUCAAAGCCUUUCCCCCGGUCCAACUCGACAUCUUCCAUGUCCUCGGGUCUCCCUGAGCAGGAGAGAAUGGCCAUGACCCUUCCCCGAAAUUGCCACAGGUCCAAAGUCCAGCUGGAAAGGACAGUCUCCACCUCCUCUCAGCCCGAGGAGAACACUAGCAAGUCCAGCGACCUGCUCCCCAAAAGGUGUGAAGAGGUUCCCACUCUGACCAGAGACAGACCAAAAGCCAAACUUCUGCCCAGAGGUGCCACGGCUGCUCCCCUCAGGACCCCUUCUGCGGAUGCGGCUGUUUCUGAAAAGGACACUCAGGGGCCAACAGCCACAGCGAGCCUGAAGAACAAAGAGAAAAGCAGCGGGACGCGGCAAGGGUCCCUAGAAGGCGAGGAGAAGUCAGGCUGGCCUUCUCCACCCAAGGCUGCGGCCGUCCUUCCUGUCACCCAUAACCACAAAGUGCCCGUUCUCAUCUCACCCACUCUGAAGCAUACGCCAGCAGAUGUGCAGUUGAUUGGCACAGACUCUCAGGGGAAUCGGUUCAAGCUCUUAUCUGAGCACCAGGUCGCUGCUUCCAGUGACAGGCCCAGGCGGAUAAAACCAAAGUGCGCCCCACCUCCCCCGCCAGUCACGAGGCUCCUAAACCAGCCGCCCACUUGCUCAGAUGUGACAGAGGAGUUGAAUAACGGGGCGUUGGUACAGCCUGGGCAGGAAGCCAGCGAGGGCAGCAAAAAGGUGGCGGCGGCGGCAGUGACACCUGCCGGUGGAAAAGCCGGAAGGCCUGUAUUGCUCCCACCUCAAGUGCCUCUGUCAUUGUCUUCCACCUCACCUGCCAAAAUGGCCAAUGGUACAGCGGGAGCCAAAGUAGCACUGAGAAAGACCAAACAGACAGCUGAGAGAAUCUCCGCAGACAAAAUCAGCAAAGAGGCUCUGCUGGAGUGUGCAGACCUCCUCUCGAGUGCCAUUGCCGAGCCCACCACAAACAGCCACUUGGUGGACACAGGGCACCAGCUGUUGGAUUACUGCUCAGGCUACGUGGACUGCAUCCCGCAAACACGCAACAAGUUUGCCUUCCGGGAAGCUGUGAGCAAACUGGAACUCAGCCUGCAGGAGCUGCAGGUGUCCUCAGCAGCUGCUAGCAUGCCCGGAGCAAAUCCUGUACUUAAUAACUUAUUGUGUUGUGUUCAAGAAAUCAGUGAUGUUGUCCAGAGGUAGCUACUGUUUAAUCACCCAGUUAGGAGGAAAGACGUCUACACCGAGUGGAGGGAGAAGGGUCAGGAUGACUACCUUCUGGUGUUUUCCCCCUACCUUGAUACUUUUGAAAGGAAAGACUGAUACUUGAGUGAGUUUUAUGUGAAGUACCUCAAAUCACUGAGCUCUCAUGUUUACAGGUUCAUCUCAGUACAUGGGGCAGAUGGGGAGGGGGAAGCCAAGCUUCAUUUGGGGGGUGGGCGUGGGGUCAGACGGUUUGCAGCUGAGUGAGGAGGGCAGAAUGUCGAGAACUUGCCCUAGCCAGAAAAUGCUUCUGCAAAAGGGGAGCUUAUUCUCCGAUUCCCCUUCCAGAAGGUAGGAGAAUCAAGAACCAGGGCCUUGAUUUUGGGAAGAGCCUGCUGAUCUCCACAAUGUUGUUCAGAUGACCAUAAUUUUUGGAGAGGGGGUGGGGUGGGGUCCUUUUCUGCACUACUGCAUGUUUUGACCUUCUGGGAUCGUGAGGGAAAGGUUCAGAGGCUCCAUUGGAACUGAAGUGGACUGAUCUUCCCAAGAGGGAGAGGAGUUAUUUUGGGGGAAGGUCUGUGGAGCUGCUGGAAGUGUUGCGUAAGCUCACCUGGCAUAACUUCCACAGUGCAUUUUGCUGCUGUAGUAGGAGUUGCAAAAAAAACUAUCCAGUAUAAGAAACACAUCCCUUUUUUGUCAUCCUUCUCACAUAUUUUACUAUCCACACAUCCAGUCCUUCACGGCUUCUUCCAUGAUGGUUGAGCUGACUUGCCAUUGGAUCAAUCUCACUCUCACUCACUCACUCACUCACUCACUCUCACUUGCACGCACACUCAAACUGGCUGUCGUCACCCUUGGUGGUAUAGCAUGGGUAUCUAACCUGGCACUCACUUGAGUAGUUUGGGCUGUAGCACAAAUUUGCCAGCAUGUGUCCAAAAGCUGUAAUGUCUGUUUUUAAAUGUUGAUACAACAUUGCCCCCCCCUCUCCUUUGAUAAACCUUGAGGGGCCACCCUGGAUUAAAGACACUGCAGAAUGCUGCUGUUGCUCUCUACAUUCCUUUUUAUAUAUAUAAAUAUGCUUACCCUAAUCCAGCUACUUUUUUGAGGGAACCAGAAACCUGAGGUCAUAAUGUCUCCUGUUAGAAUUACAAAUGGGCUCUUUUGGCAGUACCUAGUCCGAGUAAUUACUUUACCAUCCAUAUCUAAAUAUAGGACCUUUGCCCUAUUCAGAAUUCCAAGGUACUGUUAGGUUUUUCUAGAAAUGCCCAUAAUGUGUAGUGUGAUGGGGCGGAGGGAUCCAAGAGGGUAAAAUUGAGUUUAGUGUCUGGGAGGAGGGGAAGAAGGGGCCCUAAAUUAAGAACGGUCCUCAUCACACUCUUAAGUGUGAAAGAUCUUAGCAAAUUUGGGGUUCAGUUGAGAUCAGGGUGUGGAUGGUGGAGGAGUUUGCAUGCCGUUGUCCUUCCUGUAGAUAGCAUCACAAGCUUGUGAUUGCCUUUUUCCAGCUAUCCCCUUUUUUGAGCAGGAAGCAUUGGACAUCCAUAUGGAUUGGACACUACUGGUAUGGUUGGGUUGAGGGAAUGCCCAUGCCAUCAUGCAGACAGUCGAUGCCACAUAAUGUAAACCAGGCCUUGGUUUCUGUCUUCAGCUGUUCUUUCCUGCCCUAGGAAAUUCCCAGAUUGUCUUGAUAUGCAGGUGUUAUCCACCUGGUGGACUUAGCCAUUGUAGUAUGGUUAAGGUCUGCAGUAUGCUGCUAUUCCUGUGACAUCUCUCUUAUAAACACAAGAACAUGAAACCUGUUACCUGAUGUAACACAUAGAAAUGCUUCUCUCACACAGCUAUAGUUCUGUCAUUGCUGAAGUUGCUGAACUGAGGCUUUGAGAGAAGUUGAAUUGCCCUGGCAAGGUGUAGAUCUCUUAGGCAUGGGAAGAAUUCCGGCUCUCAGAAAUCCAGCAAAUGAGUACAGCACUUCCUUGUGCCCCCAGAAGGUAUUUGGCAAAGGAGGGAAGGCAUGUAGUUCUUGCUGGGGACUUGUAUGCCACUUCUGCCCCACAAGAAAAUUCAGCACAUGAUCUUCGCAUCAUUUGUUAGCAGCAUUGGUCUUAAAUAAAAUAAAAAUCAGGGUCUGGUUUGUUUUGCACCUUAAUCUUUUUUAAAUGCGGCAGUUUUCCUUUUACAAGCUUGAGAGUUGGAAUUGCAUUGCUAUGCUGUUUGUUUUAUAUUGAACCUCCAGUGAUGGUGGAAGGGUGCAAAUUUGCCGCUCGUUGGGGCUUUCUCUCCAAAACUCUGAUUUUGACUCCUUUUCCAUUGGCUGCACUAACUCCACCACCACCGCAGCAGCAGCAUAAAAAGCAACUUCUCCCAUUGUUUAGUCUAGAACUAGUUUGGCAAUGAACUCUGACAAAUGGCCCUUGCUGCUCCGAUGAGUGCAUGGCAAUGGAAAGGUGAAAGGAACCAGUUUGCUUCAUAGUCUGGACUGAAUAGAUCAAAAGUGGGCAAAUAGAGGUGAAGAGCCUGGCCAGACAUUACAUUCAUCGAAUGCAAAGUUGCUGUGAAUAAACCAGGUUCUGAUUUGCUGAGAAUAUUGAAGGAUUCUGCAGAUGCAGGCAAAGAAAGACUUUGGCAAGCACACAGGAAAGCAGAAGACUAUAGGCAGGCUUCUCCUUGAUUCUCUGCUGAUCUUUCUCCUUAAUGGCAUCCCUCCCCUCCCCACCCGGAAGGAGAAGCUAGCACUAAGCCAGGCAUAGGCAACCUUGGCUCUCCAGAUGUUUUGGAACCACAACUUCCAUGAUCCCUAGCUAACAGGGCCAGUGGUCAGGGAUCAUGGGAGUUGUAGUUGUUCCAAAACAUCUGGAGAGCCAAGGUUGCCUAUGCCUGCACUAAGCAGAGAUAAGUGACCAAAGGAGAAAGGAGACCAGUGGUUCAUUACAUCAUAAGAUUUGGAGGGAGCCUUGUAUACCACCUGGUCCAACCCUGCUCAAUGCAGGAAGCCCAGGGCUAGAGCAUGCCAAUGUACUGACUGUUCAGCCUCUGCUUAGAAACUUCCAGGGCCUGAGAGUCUGCCAUCCCCCUAGGUAACUGGUCCUAUUGUCAGCCUGUCGUAUUAAAGGAGCUGCUUCUGACGUUCAACCUAAGUCUCCCCUUCUGUAACUAAGCCUUGCCCUCUUGGGCAACAGACAGCAAGUCUUUGCCCUCUUCUGUGUGACAACCCUUUAGGCAGGGCUUUUUUCCCCCCAGCUGGAGCUCACCGGUUCCUCUCAAGUGGGCACCAUUGCCACUCUUAAGAGAAGAAAGGAGAAGUUCAUGGUGAGCUCUAGCACCUCUUUUCCUAGAAAAAUAGCAUAGCCUUUAGGUAUUUGCAGAGUGAUACAAUAUUCCACCUUAGCCUUCUCUUUGUUAGGCUAAACGCACCCUGUUUCCUUAACCUUUCCCCAUAGGACAUCUUUUCCAUACCCCAGCCAUCUUCACUGCCAUCUUCUGAACCCAUUCCAGUUUGUCUCUAUUUUGCCAAAACUAGCCGGCGAUUCAGUGCCCAGGGGCCUACUGUUAAUGCCUGCUCUGGUUGCCUUUUUGUAGCAUUCCUCAGAGGUCGAGUGGCCUUUUCCCCCUUUGGCAUAGGCACAGCUGUCAGUACCCAUCACCUGCUUCAAGCUCCUUUGCCUUUAUUGCUGCUGCUCAUGGUGACUACUCAGCCACAGGUAUCACCUGCUUCCAUCCUGCCAUAAUGACCCCCCCCCAAUGCGCCAUCAGAACCAGGGACAUGGGGAAGCCAGAAUGUUGAGCAGAGUGGUGAAACCUUUUAAUUCUAAGCCGCUGGACUGUGCAAGCCUGUGUAUCCAUCCCUAGUGGCACAGCAUUUUGUAGGAGAGAGCCCUGAAGGGACCCUAGCAAGGACUCCUGCAACCUAGACAUCCUCAGCUCUCAAAAUCAAUCAAUCUCCAUUGAAUUUCUUUGAGAAAACACUACCUAGCCUGUCUGUCUUGAGGAGUUUCAGGAUUCUUAGCAGCCAGGGCUUGGCUUAAAUAUGACAAUUUUUUUGUUGAUGAGUAAUGCAUAGCCUGGUUUUCAAAUACCUCUGUGCUGAAGUAGGGACAGCUUAGCAAAAUUUUAUUUCGGGUGUUGGUUAACCUUUGCAUAGACAAUUUUUGAAGGGGGUGGACCCAAAAUGUUCUGCUCCAAACAAAACCACAGUCAGUACGUGUUAAGUUUAGAGAGUCAGGUAACAGAAAGUAGGUGCACUGUUGCAACUCCCCCCCACUUCUUGUUGGCAGGGAUGUCUGCAGGCCUAGACCGAACUCUUGAGUAGAGAAUGCAGCCAUCAUCUCAGCAUUUCCUUUAAUGUAUUUUCUAUCUUGGUCCUGUGUAAAUAUAUGUUAAAGGCACAAUGUCGUUAUGUUCCCUAUCCCAGGUACCUUCUGAAGUGGGGAAACUUUGAAAGAAAUACAUUUUGGAUUGCACUACUAACCCCAUGAGCAGCAAUACAGGAACAGGGAAGCUCUGAGGCCUUAGCAUAAGGUUAGAAAUGGCUGUCUUUAAGCUUUCUUGAGAGGUCCUCUGGCUGCUUUCCACAGCCAGAUUGAUGCAUGUUGAUCAUGUUGAGGGUGAUCCGAGUUGCAGCACAAAACAUCUGGUGGCUGGGGGAGGCUGUUCUACAGCAAAGGAAGAGGAGGCCAGAAUCCUUUCUAACAGCUGUCAUUCCUUGACAGUCACAAGGAGCUCUAGCAGUGCACCAUUUUCAACUUCUCACUCUACCUAGAAGUUGUGCUCUUGGGAAAGCCAUAGCUGAAACAUAGGGAAAUGGACUAUGUUCCAACUACAAUACAAGCUUCCAAAAUUUAUUAUGAUUUAUUGGCCAUGCUUUUAGCCUGCCGUUCAUCUAAGUAGAUCACAGAGUGUGCAAUACACAAACUACAUACAAUUAUGUUCUAUGAUAUUACAUAAAAUCAGGGUGGUGGUGGUGGUGGUUAUAAACCAGUUAAAUAGGCAUCAGGUUACCAGUAAGAGCAGCAGAGGUUCAAAAGUACACUGAUCAGCAGGUGUCUCAAAAUGAACUUGGAAUCUGAUCUAGAUGGCUGAGGGAUUCUCUGGAGCAGGUUUGGGGGACACAGUGGGAGGACAGGAAGGAGAAAUCCCGUUGCAUGAGACGAAUCCUGUUACACUUGUAGAGGGCUGCAGUUGGAUGUCGCCCACAGUUCAUGUGCAAAUAAUAGCACAUGGACUCAAACCUUGUCUUAACUUUAUUUGGGGGUUGGCUUGUUUUAAAAUCAUCCUUGAUGCCUGAUUCUUCAUUCUGAUUGUUUUCUUUCCUCCCCCGUCAGUUUUGUUGCUGCUGCAGGAGUUGGGGGGGGGGGACAAGAGCUCUUGGAGAGCUCCGAGUGGCUCCUGUCCAUUUUGAGUGAAAACGCCACACACCCGUCUGAUUGCUACUUCAGCUUUCCAGAACUAAACUUGUCCUGAAAUGGCCCUGGGGUUAGCUGCUACAGUUAUUUUCCUUCCAGCCACGAACUUUUUUUGGUGGGGGCUGAGCAGUGGUGUCGAAUCCCUCUGAAUAAUCCACAUCAUAGCCAUUCGGUGUAGAAAAAGAUUAGGCUUAAACGUUAACCUCCGUACAUUUUUUCCCCUCAAGCCUUUUUCAAAAACUAGUUGCAUCUUCUCUCCUCACCUCUUUGAACUUUGCUUGGGUUGGUUCUUGGUUAUCUUCCAGUUGCGGUUUUGGUAGUUGGGUGCAUUAUAAUUUAAUGACUCAAAUACUGUGAGGACAGUUUGGAAGGGAAGAUGGCGCAUGCAGCAUGAAUGACUGUGACACCCUGCUAAAAGCACAUGGAGUAUGAGGCCCUUGUUGGAGAAAGGAAAUAGUGACCUGUUCUUUGCUCCUUCUGCCCUCGGGGGUGCGGGAGG